AGGUUUCCUCGCUGCUGGGGGCGAUGGCCGGCUUCGCGGAGCUCGGGCUGUCGGCGUGGCUGGUGGAGCAAUGCCGGCAGCUGGGGUUGAAGCAGCCCACGCCGGUGCAGCUCGGCUGCAUCCCCGCCAUCCUGCAGGGUCGAGACUGCCUGGGCUGUGCCAAGACCGGCAGCGGCAAGACGGCUGCGUUUGUGCUGCCUAUCCUACAGAAGCUGUCCGAGGAUCCCUACGGCAUUUUCUGCCUUGUCCUGACACCCACUAGGGAGCUGGCCUAUCAGAUCGCAGAGCAGUUCCGGGUGCUGGGGAAGCCGCUGGGCCUGAAGGACUGCAUCAUCGUCGGUGGCAUGGACAUGGUGACCCAGGCACUGGAGCUCUCCCGCAAGCCUCACGUGGUCAUUGCCACACCAGGGCGCCUGGCGGACCACCUGCGCAGCUCCAACACCUUCAGCAUGAAGAAGAUCAGCUUCCUGGUGAUGGACGAGGCCGACCGGCUGCUGGAGCAGGGCUGCACGGACUUCACGGUGGACCUGGAGGCCAUCCUGGGCGCCGUGCCCGCCCGCAGGCAGACGCUGCUCUUCAGCGCCACUCUGACUGACACGCUCAAGGAGCUGCAGGGCCUGGCCACCAACCAGCCCUUCUUCUGGGAGGCACAGGCCCCAGUGCGCACAGUGGAGCAGCUGGACCAGCGCUACGUGCUGGUACCUGAGAAGGUGAAGGAUGCGUACCUGGUGCACCUGGUCCAGCGCUUCCAGGAUGAGCACGAGGACUGGGCCAUCAUCAUCUUCACCAACACCUGCAAGACCUGCCAGAUCCUGUGCAUGAUGCUGCGCAAGUUCAACUUCCCGGCCGUGGCCCUGCACUCCAUGAUGAAGCAGAAAGAACGCUUCGCUGCUCUGGCCAAGUUCAAGUCCAGCAUCUACCGGAUCCUGAUUGCAACCGACGUGGCUUCCCGGGGCCUGGACAUCCCCACAGUGCAGGUGGUCCUCAACCAUAACACCCCAGGCCUGCCCAAGAUCUACAUCCACCGGGUGGGCCGCACGGCCCGUGCAGGGCGGCAGGGCCAGGCCAUCACGCUGGUGACACAGUAUGACAUCCACCUGGUGCACGCCAUCGAGGAGCAGAUCCAGAAGCAGCUGGAGGAGCUGGCGGUGGAGGAGGCGCAGGUGCUGCAGAUCCUCACGCAGGUCAACGUGGUGCGGCGCGAGUGCGAGAUCGUGAGUGGGGCCCGCGAGGGCGGGGCCAGCCCCGAUGGACGACAAGAC